CACAAUCCCUUCGACGCCAUUUUCGUCCAAACCAAGCUUGAAAGUUAUUAAACAGAGAAAGACUGUUUCUUUUUUUUUCUCUCUCUCUCUCAAGAAACUCUUCUCUUUCCCGCUUACUCUUCUCGAAGACCAGAAAUCUUUAUCGCUUUGCUAUUAAAGCCAGAUUCUUAUCAGUGUAUAUUGACUAUUAGAGGCUGGAGCCAGAUAAGAAAAAGAUAGUUUAUGGCGGGCGACGCAGGAAGAGGUUUGGAAUGCCAGAAGACUAUGGAUGGGAAGGAGAGUAAUGGGAAUGGUUUAAAAAAGGACAUACCUUCUUGCUGCUUAAAAGCUAAGGCUUCAGCCCCUGAACUUGAAGCUAAAUGCCAUUCCACUGUUGUCUCUGGGUGGUUCUCAGCAUCUAAAUCUGGUCACAAAUUUGGUAAAGUUGUUUAUUUCAACAAUCCGAUGUGGCCUGGAGAAGCUCAUUCCCUGAAAGUAGAACGUGUUUUGUUCAAAGGAAAGUCAGAGUUUCAAGAAGUUUUGGUUUUUGAGUCUUCAGCGUAUGGAAAAGUGCUAGUUCUUGAUGGCAUCAUCCAGCUUACAGAGAAAGAUGAAUGUGCCUACCAGGAGAUGAUUGCCCAUCUUCCCCUUUGUUCCAUCCCCUCCCCCAAAACUGUUCUUGUUGUUGGUGGUGGUGAUGGUGGUGUUCUUAGGGAAAUUUGUCGUCACAGUUCUGUUGAACAUAUUGAUAUAUGUGAGAUAGAUAAGAUGGUUAUUGAUGUCUCUAAGGAGUUUUUUCCAGAGCUAGCUGUUGGAUUUGAGGACCCUCGUGUCCAUCUUCAUAUUGAUGAUGCUGUUAAAUUUUUGAGGGAUGCACCUGAAGGGAAAUAUGAUGCCGUUAUAGUUGAUUCAUCAGACCCUGUUGGUCCUGCUCAAGAGCUUGUCGAGAGACCAUUUUUUGAGACAAUAGCUAAAGCAUUGAGGCCUGGUGGUGUUCUCUGCAACAUGGCGGAAAGUUUCUGGCUCCAUACUCAUCUUAUUCAAGACAUGAUUUCUGUUUGCCGGGAAAUGUUUAAAGGUUCAGUUCAUUAUGCAUGGACGAGUGUUCCUACAUACCCAAGUGGGGUCAUAGGUUUUCUAAUAUGUCAAACGGAGGGGCCACCUAUUGAUUUCAAGAAUCCUGUCAAUCCUAUUGAAAAGCUAGAAGGAGCUGUCAAACACAAAAGAGAACUCAAGUUCUACAAUUCGGAGGUGCACAAAGCUGCAUUUGCCUUGCCAACGUUUGUGAAGAGGGAGGUGAACUUACUUGGUGAACGUCCAAACCUGGCUAGGUGAAUUGGUUUCUCCAAUUAUUGAAAUUAGAAGUGUGUAUUGAAUGUAGGUUAUUACUAUAAAUGAAACUGUAGAUGGGAUCACGAGCACGUUGCCUAUUGCGAUCUAUUGUAACUAUGGUUUUUUAAGUGUGGAUGUUAUGCUUCAUUUUAGUAAGUUUCUAUUCAGACAUGAUUGGUCAUUUAUGAAUAAUGAUGUGCUAUUCAGGAACUUAAAAGCUCAUUGUUUUCAAACAAAUUUAUCUGGCAGUGUUAACAAUUUUCUCUUUUGAAAA